AGAGGUCCUUGCUUGGGAGCUGCCGACCCAGAGCCUAAAGAAGAAGGGGGAGCGCUGUCAUGGCGGCCAAGGUGAACGUUUGACAUUUUCUCUUCGGCAAAGUUUUCAGAUAUAUAAUGUGAAUAUUUUGAAUGAGUUCUGGGGUGUAACGUUUAAGGUAACUGCCCCGGACCCGAUAGUGUUAACAUGAACUGUGUGGCGCUGUCCAGACGCGUAAGGCUGUAAUAAGAUAGCCUCGCUAACCAGAGUGUGUGCACAGCACGAGCCUCAGUGUUGACUUAUCUAUUUACAGUGACUCCUGCUAGGAGGUGGGAGUUGUUAGGCAGUAAGAGAACAUUUUGUCCUCGAGUUUAAGCAGAAGAAAAAAGAAAAAUUGGUCAAGUGUUAGGAUGUGAGUGAUUUAGAUAAGAGUUAAACUCAUGAGACUGGGUCAGAACAUCCAUAACACGUCAGCUCGUAUGGGCGUUCCUGUUGGUCUACAAGGAUCCGUUUCUUUCAGGAAACUGGAGACAGGUGUGGGGACUGACGUGGUUUGGUAAAACAGAACAGCUACUGGAGCUCAAGCUGCUGUAAAAGAUGGUAGAAAAGUGUCAGAACACACAAAGUGUAUCAAAGUUAAGUGUAUCUGUAAAUGAGUCAGGGUGCCCAUGUAGACCCUGACCACUGCUAUAAGCUCCAAUAGUGGACAGUAGAACAUCAGAACUGGACCACAAAGUACUGGAAGCCAAGAGGGCACACAACAGCUUUGACUUGGUCUCUAAAUACCCCAGAUCACACUCCAUCUGAACGUUUGUGGGAUUUGGACAGCUAAGUUAGGUCAGUGGAGGCUGGAGCUCACAGCUUCCAAGACUUAUAGGAUCUACUGCUGACAUUUUGAUGCCAGAUAAUUCCACAGAGGUCCAGCAGAGUCUGUGGCUUUCAGGUCAGGGCUGGGUUCUUACAGACCUGACAAAAAAGGGGGCCUAUUCAGCGUUCGUGAGUGUUUAUGAUCUAUAUGCUUUGUGAAAGGUUUAGGAUAUAGAACCUACAGAAGUGUGCUUCAAAGGUCCAGAAAUAUAAUAUUAACUAUAUGAUUUUGGCAUAAUGACAGAUUAAGUCACCAAUUACUGUCAUAUAUCUUUAUUCAAAUGAAAACAUGAGCACUAGAAUUCUCUUACCUGAGUGUUUUUACAUACUGGUUUUGUUGUCUUCUUAUUAAUCUGUAGGUGGCCCUUGUGGCCGUCCCGACAGUGCUGGGAAUAGCCUCCAUCCGUGUGUACACUGUGAGUGAAGCUUCAACUGAUGGGCUCGUGACUCGAGAAAAGGUGAGGCCAUUUCAGAACAUCUCGAAGGGAUAUUCUGGCAUAAAAUUGAUUUAGGGUCAAACACGCCGUAACACCGAGUUAGACACCCCCUCGAGAGAUUAAUGUUACCGACCACUUGCUUCUGUAGUUUCACCAACUUUAGUAACAACCGCACGAUAGCAAAACACAGCGGUCUGAGGAGCCACACACAAACUUCAACCAAAACGCCACUCUAUAGCCACAAAUAAUGCUCAAAACAGCACCUAACUUCAUUAACAGUACAUAUAGAGAAGCAAGCGGUCAGUAACAUUCAUCUCUCGAGGGGGUGUCUAACUCUGUGUUAUGGUGUUUGACCCUAAAUUAAUUUAACACCGGAAUAUCCCUUUAAAUCAGAGAAAUUACUGCCGCUCACUGAACUGACAUACAUCAUAAUCCUCCCACUGAUUCUGCCUCUGUCCCCAGCUGAAUAUCUACACCCCACUGCCGCAGUCUGCCCCAGCUCAGUUUGUCCCAGAGGAACCAGGUUUAAUUCAGAGCGGGUUUACUACAACAAGAGAAGGCAUACUACCAGUUGCCCAAGCUGUUAAGGUAUGAAGGUUUUGCUGUGCGUCCAUGCAUGAAGAUAACAGAGUGAAAUUCACUGACAACAGCCCUGAGAAAUUACUCAUUCUUUCACACUCUGUCUGACACACUGAAAACCAAUAUGAGCCCAGAACACGUAACACGUAAGUAAGUGUUAUGUUAAUGGAACGAAAGCUAAACACUAUAAAGACGUCUGAUCUUGCACCUGCAGUGUCAGUUUUCCAACCUUGAUUUUUGUUCCUCUUGAUUGUGGUUACAGAGCACAAUCCCAUGUACUGCAUGUGCUCGGUGCAGAUACAAUUUUUGCAAAGGAGUUAGACAGGAAGUCGCGUUCGUGCAGUUGCAGCUGAAGCUUUUAGGUUUGCUGCAAGGAGAUGUUAGAGUUUGAUAACAUGAAAGAUGAGGAAACACCACACAAGGUUUCAUACGCUUGUAAUUCAUUUAUGUCUGGAAAGUGAAGUUUUUGUGGUUUCUUGUAGUGGGUGAUUUCAGCUCUUUCCUUUUGUUUUUGACAGGGUGCCUAUGUGUCUGUUAAAACUGGGACUAUUAAUCUAUACCACGCUGGAGAGGGUGAGUCAUCAGUGGGUACCUGAAAGCAUCUAAUAAACGUAAUAUCCUCCGCCUCUGGAAGUCUAAAACUGAGUUAUCUGUCAUCUCUACAAUUACAAAGCAGUCAGACACGAGACUGAUGUGCAGUUUUGGUGUCACUGCGGUGUUUGUUUUUAACAUAAACUUCGACACCCUAAAUUUAUUGGUAUUAUUGAUAAAUUACUAUCAUGUAAGGUUAGAUUGUAAAUACGCAACUCCUAUUACGUGGGAUGGAGAAUUUGUGACGUGCGUGAUGAAGCUGGAACAUCUCACACGAUCUCUCAAUAAUGCAGUUAUAUGCGUCACAGCUUUUACUGUAAUACAGUUAGUUUUCAAACUAAUCCAACAAUAUAAGCAAAAGGUCAGACUUGCGGUUAUCCCAGAGAAUGUUCAUCAUCAUGUUUACUGUGUUUGUCUGAUUUCCAGAUGUGUAUUAUUAUUUGAAAGACCCUCCCCCGGGGUUUCUACCCAGAUUUGGCACCAUCACAAUGGCUGGCCUGCUCGGCAUGUUCUUGGCACGGAAAGGUAAAAUGAUCCCCUGUUAAUACAUCAAAAGACUUACUGGGAAUAACAGUUUUUCAUAUGUAAACAGUGAAUGAAUUAUGACGGUGUUACAGUGAAAGUAAAUCACCAUAAAUCAAUCAAUCAAUCAAUCAAUCAGUCUUUAUUUAUAUAGCACUUUUCAUACAUAACAUGUAGCACAAAGUGUUUCACACAGAAAAAGGAAUAAAAAAAACAAAGAAUACCCAAAUUUACCCCAACCCAAGAUUAAAAGAAUACCCAAAUCAACCCCAGCCCAACCCCUCAUUCCCACCCCACAAUCUAAUUGCAACAGAAACAGUAUUAAAAUGCAUAUAGUCAGAUAGUCCUGAUAUAUCACAAUACUUAACCUCACAUCAGCUAAUAACCUUCACAUCAUUCGAUGAUUAUGCUAACAAGUGUAGCACAACAGCAAAGCAAUAUGAAGUUUUAGAGUCUGAACAAGGGCUGGCAUGAAAUCACAUUUUCCCCUCAUGAUUAUUAUGGCAGAAAAGAAUCAUGACGACAAUAUUAUCACUAUAUUUUUGGAAAACUUAAAAAAAAAAACACUUUCAUUCAAAUUGACAUGCCCUUUUAUAAAUGUUACUUCUGUAGAACACAAUUGUAGCUGGCUUUGCGGUCUGUACGUGUGCCCAUAUACAGAGGUUAUGACUUCAGCAGUCGGCCUGGGUUCUUUUCUAGCCUGUGGCUACUUUACCACAUGUCACUCACGGCUCUCUCUCUCUCCCUGUUUCCUAACCCGUCCACUGUCCUGCCCUCUCCAAAUAAAGGAAAAAAGUCAGAAAAGUUACCUUUUUUUUUCUUUCAAAGAAAAACAGCAUCAUUUUUGAAAACAUUAGAUUUUUAUUUUUAAUUGCUCUGAGGUCUGGGGCUGAAACUUGUUUGUCAUAUACUGUAUAAAACAUCACUACUUUCACACUGUAGCAUUCCCCGGACAUGGAAACCCACCCCCCACCCACUGAUUACGUGCAUGUACAGACCACAUUACAAACCUCACUGAUGAACCACAGAGGUUAAAAGAAGAGCAGCACAAAGUCAAAUUUCUGUCUUUAAGUUUCUCUUCUUUCAGUUUUUCUUUCUGUUUUUGUUUUGGAAACAUUUGAUCAAAACUUCAGCGAUAGCUUCUUUACCUAAAGUACUUUACUCCUAACAAAGUCACCUACUUAAUUUAGAAAAUGUCUGGUCUUGGGUCAGACAGGGUUGGAAGGAGGGUUGUGUAAAUCUGCGUCACUGUUAGUUUAAACAAGUCACAAUAGGUCAUGUGUAUGUAACCUUUCCAGAUGAAGCUGUUCUCCAGGGUUUAACUUGUGCCAACUUCAACUGCCAAUCUUCAUGAUAAACUUUAUUUUAGGAUCUCGUUUCAAGAGAGUAGCUGUGCCGAUGGGUCUGAUGAGCGCUGGGGCUUCAGUGUGCUACCCGGCCCAAGCUGUGGCCGUGCUGAAGGUAACAACCACUGUUUUUGAAUGCCGACAUCUCUGAAAUCAGGUACAAACACAGUGUUCAACACAAUGUUGUUGUUGUUUUUUUUUUCAUACAAGGUGACGAGUAAGAAGGUGUAUGCUGCAGGCCAGUGGAGUGGCGCUGCCGUGUCUUCACUGUUCACCUCAAAGCCCAAGGAGCCCGUUGCCAAAGAAGUUGCUGCCUCACAGCCAGAGGUUAGCAGUCUUACUGUAUCAAAUGUACAAGUGUAAGCACUUGUUUGUAAGUAAAAGAGCUGCAAGGGUGUUUUCAGUAUGUGGCAGUGACUAAAAAGCAGCUGCUUUCUUCCCACGAAUGAUUUCCGCUCAACAUUAUUAAUUUGCUCAAGAAACCGCCAACUGUCUCUCAGAGGGUUAGAGACUGCCCUUGUUUUUUCCUUUGUAAUACUUCAAAUGUAGUUAUAUGGAGUCAAAAGUCAAAGGUAUUGCUUUGAAUAAAAACAAAGACAACUGUUAAACAGUCUGUACAGUCUUUUGCUUUUAAGUUCCAGCUACAUAUAAAAUGCUCAGUAAGUUAACACUUUUUUUUCUGUUAUGGUAGGCAGCUCCUGUGCCAAAUCCAGAGUCUGCUGUGGUAACUGAACCUCCAGAGAGCAACCCAGUCCUGAGCUCUUCAAUCCCUGAGAAAGAGGCAGUAUCAGCUGAGCCUGUUCCCAUCUCUGAAGAUCCUAUUGUUGCCGUUGUAACAGACAAGGAGUCAUCAGUCACACUCCCAGAGAUAUCACCAGACCAGACCUCUACAGAGGCCAAUACAGGUGUUAUAGAUAUUGAUCUCUGUCCGCCUCCUUCUGUGUCUCAAUCUCUUUUGUUUCACACACAAUCACACAAAGGCUUCUACUGAUGAUAGGCGGUGUCCCCUCUGUCUAUACAGAUCCAGUGGUACAUUCAGUGCCAGUCGAGACAGAAACCACCAUAACAUCAGAGGAAAUGCCAGCACCUGUUGAAAGUGAACCCGCUGGCACAAAGCAAGUAGCCGAGGACGCAUCCACUGAUGUCAGUUCAGCUGAGCCAACACCGAGCUUAGAGUCUGCUCCAGUGGAGGCAGCUUCAGUGGAGGCCUCUCCUGUAGAGUCUGCUCCAGUGGAGGCAGCUUCAGUGGAGGCCGCACCAGUAGAGUCUGCUUCAGUGGAGGCCGCUCCAGUGGAGGCCUCUCCUGUAGAGUCUGCUCCAGUGGAGGCAGCUUCAGUGGAGGCCGCACCAGUAGAGUCUGCUUCAGUGGAGGCCCCACCAGUAGAGUCUGCUUCAGUGGAGGCCGCUCCAGUGGAGGCCUCUCCUGUAGAGUCUGAUCCAGUGGAGGCCACACCAGUAGAGUCUGCUCCAGUGGAGGCCACUCCAGUAGAGUCUGCUCCAGUGGAGGCCGCACCAGUAGAGUCUGCUCCAGUGGAGGCCGCUCCUGUAGAGUCUGCUCCAGUGGAGGCCGCUCCAGUAGAGUCUGCUCCAGUGGAGGCCGCUCCAGUGGAGGCCGCUCCUGUAGAGUCUGCUCCAGUGGAGGCCGCACCAGUAGAGUCUGCUCCAGUAGAGUCUGCUCAGGUUGAAGCUGCUGUGGUUGAGCCUUCUCCAGUGGAAUCAGCUCCAUCCCAGCCUGAUACGGUAGAGGCUGUUCCAAUUGACUCUGUUCCCACCUCUGAAGAACUUCCUGCUCCAGAGGCCGCAGAUGCACCAUUAGGUACCAGAUGUUGUCUGCCUCAUAAUGUCAAAGAGCAGAAAAUAUACCAGUAAUGAAAAAACUUUGCCUGAACUUAUUUGCUCCCUUAGCCUGGCUGAUGGUUUGAAAGUGAAAUAUCUUUCAAAGUUGUUUGAAGAGAAUGGAAGAGUAGUUCUUUAAAACCUCCUUUAAAAAUGAUAAAGCUGAUGUCACUACUGAGGAAAACUAAUUGGGAAGUCCCAAAAAAUUAUUUUGAAUAACUUCUUAGCAGAACAGACCUCAAAUUUAUAUAUGUGAUGUUUACGGCCAAUCAAAGUUUUCCACACAUUCCUACGAAUAAUGAUAUUUGUACAACGUAAUCAUAGCUUGUAUUAAGGUGGAAACACAUCUGUUUAUGCCUCUGCUAUUGACCCUGGUUUGUGUUUUGACCCAUAAACAGUGCCAGCUGUUGAACCAUCUGACCCCACAGCUGCAGCUGAAGAUACACCAACAGCAUCAUCUCCUCUACAGCCUACAGUGGAAAACAACCAAGGUACUGAGCCCAUUCUGCGCUCCCUCCAUUGUGCCGCUUUGUUUGUUGGACAUGAUUGUCCUGAGCGCACACUCACAAACACACACAUCUGUCCCAUCCAUCACCAGAAAAUCGAAACAUCUGGGUUUGAUGUCUUUCGACAAGCUUGAGUGUGAUCACAUGAUUGUCAGUGUCCUUAAACAUACCGUUUGUAUCUUGAGUAGACUUAUAGAAACCUGUACUGUAAAAGUAUGUUUGUAUUUCUUUGUAAAGAUAAUUUUAACAUCAAUUUAGGACUUAAAAUUUGAAAAUGCGUGAGAUUGUUUUUUAAUAGUUGAAAAUAUCCAUGCUUCUUUCUUGUCUGUGAAUUAAUUUAUCAUUAGAAGUGUUGUGAAAGGAGUACUAGUGCUAAUGUUAUGUCAAUAUGACAUCCGCAGAAGAUUUUAGUUUUGUUUUGAAAAGGACAGUGCAGCAUGCUUUGAAAAAAAAUGGCAAGAUGUUGAAAUUGUAGAUCAUGUGUCGCUCGAACUGCCCCUGAGCCACUCUCAGCCCAACACACGAGCCUCUCCUCUUUGAGAAACACAUCUAUAUAUUCAGCAGUCUGACAGAUUCAGAAGUGGAGGAGUUAGAAUAAUAUUCACCGAAUAAAUCAUGGGAGGAAUCUUAUGUAAUGCCGCCAGAGUCAACAUUUGGAUGUGUGCACUUUGAAAACUUGAGCAAUGUGUUGGAGCACGCAGUUUGAAAUGUUCUGAACAGCAAGGUUUUAAUCCAAGCAGAGGAGCAAUAAUACAGUGAUCUCAUACUGCAGGGCACCAUAUUUCACUCAGGAAAAACUGUUGCGUGAAAAUGUGUCUCUUUACUCAAAAUAACCACGGUCUCAUAGGAAAACAGCUCCACACAUGAAUGGAUAAGUCUCACUAUAUCCAGAUAUCUUGAAAUUCAGUAUAUUCCAGGAAGAUUUGGUGGUUAUUGUGAUUUUGAAUCAAAUGGAAAUUGCAGGACACUCUGGCUUUGACAUUGGUACUCUUCAUAUCUUUUGGGUUUUAGCUAAAUCCUUUGAAUUUUGCAAUGUUUUACUUCUAAACCUUUGACUCAAAGUGUGAUGCAUUUCUCUUUCUGCCCUCCAGGGGGCUCUGGUUUCAAGCCUGACCCGGCUUUGAUGGACUUUGGCCAGUCUAGCCCAGAGGAUGACGACCUGUACAGCACACGCAGCUAAAAUACCACAGCCAGCCUCAGGAAGAAAUCUCAUUCCCACACUGCCGUCUUGUAACCUAUUCAGAUACCAACAUUAUAUCACAGUGCAGUAUAAAUAGGCCAUUUUGGGGGCAAGCAGGUUAAGAAAGUCUCCUUCAGAUUUUCACUUUCAUUUCUUCAGCCCACAUGAUUCAUAUUUCUGAGGAGCUUUAACUGAGUUUGCUGUUUGAGUAAUGGAAUGAAUUCCCGCACACAGAAGCGAAUGGAGUUAUGUAGAAGGGCAGUAACUUGGAAAAACAAUCCUCCCACAGCAAGCCUUUCGAAUCACAGAUGGCAGAUUGUGAAAUUUACUAUCUGCAUGUGUCAUUUAACAAUUACUGGAUAACCCGGGACAGCCGCCGGAGUCAUGAAUGCAUGGUGCUUUUAUUUACUGUGAAUGAGCCCACUGCAUUGUUAUGAAAUUAUACUGCACAUGUGCUGGUAAUGAUUACAAGAUGGACCAGUGCAGCUCCAUUUGUUUCAUCAGAAAUGUUUCUCAGUUGUUUAAAACCAAAAAUAAAUUUAUAUUUUCAUGGUUUUAUGUUGUAUUUUGUUCUAAUCUGGAUACUUACAAUUAAAGCCGUGUUCUGUAUUAUCAACAAUUACAACUCUGUCAUUUGAGCAUCAUUGAGCUCCUUACAGAAAUGAUUGGCUCAUGACUGACGGCAAAACAAAAUCUCUGUUUCUGUCUCAUGACAAUGGAGUCUCAGUUUUUAUAAUCUUACAACCAAUGAAAAACUAUCACUGUGACAACAAUCAACCGAUUUGAAUAAUUAAUUAAAGUCUUUUGUGCUCACAAAGAUCAUGAAA